GGCAAGACAGAAAAGAGAGAUGCGAAAGCUUCAAAAUGGCUGCUUGACUACCAGUAAACUUGUGUUUUUAACCCGAAACUGCCAAACAAACCAUUUAUUUAAUUAGAAAAAAUUCAAAAAACACCACUAAAGUGAAAAAUAUUAGUGACCAGAACUACUGUGAUUUUUUUAGUGCCAGUUUUAUUCAAAAAUCGGUCUUUAAAUACCUGUGUCAAUGCACUUAUGUUAAAGUACAGUCUGUGUUAAAAAAAUCCAGGAAGAUGAAACCACCUAUCCCGUUACGAUCGCCGAAAAUAUGAAUUAUGAUGUUGAUCACGUUAAAAAAUGAUUAUAACGUCUUCUCUCAUGGUUGAGAGGCAGUCCCCAAUUCAUCUUUUCUUACUGCUUUAUUUUCUCCAUUCCGUCUCGAGUUAUCUAUUAUUAAUCGACGAGAAGCAACAGCCAGGCGACGUUAUUUUCAAUGCUUCCGUCUACCGCCUGGGCUCCGAACGCAAAUACAAAAUAAACGCCCAAAGAUCGGCCCCCUUCGUCGAAUCCCUGAUCUCCGUUCACCCCGCAAACGGCCAGGUCUCCCUGCUCCAGCCCCUGCAAUGUGACGGCGUCUACUACCCCAGCCUGUUCACCGUCCACAUCGACUCGACCUCCAACCGCCUCCGGGACAUCGACUACUACAGCCUCCCGCUCCGCAUCUUCAUACUCGGGCCAAAAUGCGCGGAAAAAAGCGACGAAAACUGGGAGUACCUCCACGAGGCGCGCCGCCGUAGGAGCGCCAACCCCUUCCUCAGCCAGCUGCACCCCUCCGUCAAAGAGCGCCUCACCCAGGCCAAGCAAUGGAUCUCCGAAACUUUCGCCUCUUUCGCCAUCCCCACGACCGGCAAAUGGCAAAAGAUCUGCCUCCGGCAGUCGCAGUUCAUCAACUCGGUCUCGGCCUUCCUCCCGCGCACCAUCAGCGAGUUCUGCUCCGUCACCUUCCACUUCGUGAGCGACGAGCGCUUCAAAAUCGAGCACAGCCAGGGGGACCUGGUGGCCAGUCGCGACGAAUGCAUCGUGGAGCCCCUCUGGAAGGUCACGAUCCUGUUCUCGACGCACUGCCACGCCAUCAAGAUCCUCAACUCGGAGCACCGGCUCAAGAUCGUCUACCACCACCAGGUGUUCAACGACACGGACAUCGCCAAGCGGGUGCGACGCGAGCUGCGCAACCAGUCGCCCUUCUUCGAGAAGCCGCUCUACGUGGCGAGCGUCCUCGAGGAGUGCGACCCCGGGGUCGUGGUCACGAGUGUCAAAGCCCGCGACCCCGAGAACAGCCCCAUCAGCUACUCCAUGUCCAGUUUGCUGGACUCCAGGACGCAGGGCAUGUUCGAGAUCGACCCCAAGACCGGGACCAUAACCACCAAGGUGAAGCUGGACCGGGAGAUGGUCGAUGUUCACUAUUUCAGGGUGACGGCGAUGGAUGACAGCUUCCCGCCCAGGAGUGGGACCACCAUGCUCCAGAUAAACGUCCUGGAUGCCAAUGACCACGCGCCCACCUUCGAAAUGAACGAGUACGACGCCAGUAUCAAGGAGAGCGUCAGUGUGGGGUCCACUGUUAUCACGCUCAAAGCCACGGACCAGGACGUGGGGAAAAACGCCGAUGUGGAGUAUUCCAUCCAGAGCAUCAACGGGGGCGGCAUUUCCUCCGAGGAGGAGGACAAUAAGGCGUUUAAAAUCGACCCAAAAACUGGGGUUAUCACGACCAGACUGAUGCUAGACCGGGAGACAACCGAGGUUUACACUCUGAUAGUCGCAGCCACGGAUCUGGCAAGCCCGCAGACCGCCAGGAAAUCGUCAAGUGCCAGCGUCGUGAUACAUAUCUUGGAUGAUAAUGAUAAUUAUCCACAGUUUUCCGAACGGACCUACACUGUGGCCUUGGACGAAGACAUUGACUGGACCUCGAACCCGGUCAUUGCCCAUAUCAAAGCCACGGACGCAGAUCAGGGCAAUAACGCAGCAAUUCGCUACGCCAUAAUCAGCGGCAACACCCAGUCGCAGUUCGCUAUCGAUAGUUUAACAGGGGACGUGUCUCUGGUCAAGCCUUUGGACUACGAGACUUUGCGGAGCUAUCGACUGGUUAUAAGAGCCCAAGACGGCGGGAGUCCGGCAAGGUCGAACACGACUCAAUUGCUAAUCAACGUAAAAGAUGUUAAUGACAACGCGCCGAGGUUUUAUACGUCGUUGUUUCAAGAGAGUAUACAGGAAAAUGCGCCGGCGGGAUACAGUAUCGUUAAGGUGCAAGCCUACGAUGCUGAUGAAGGGCCAAAUGCUGAUAUAAAGUACACCAUAGCGCCGAGAGACUCGAUUGGGGCUAGUACAGAAGAUUUUCCGCUCACUGUUGAUUCCCACACGGGCUGGAUCACUACUACGAAGGAGCUGGAUCGCGAGGAUCAGUCCAAGUUCAUGUUUCAGGUCAUAGCCACCGACCAGGGCACCCCUCCGCAAUCCGCCAGCGCCAGCGUCAUCAUCACCGUGCAGGACGUGAACGACAACGACCCCGUCUUCGAGCCAAAAAUCUACGAAUCCGUCGUCUCCGAAGACGACCCUCCUGGCACCCCCGUGGCCACCGUCACCGCCACGGACGCCGACGAAGACACUCGCCUCCACUACGAGCUCACCAACGGCAACACCCGCGGCCGCUUUGCCAUCACCUCGCAAAACGGGCGCGGCGUCAUCACCGUAGCCCAGCCCCUGGACUACAAGCAAGAGAAACGCUACAUCCUGACCGUCACGGCGUCGGAUUCUGGUGGACGGACCGACACAGCCACAGUCUACGUCAACAUAACCGACGCCAACAACUUUGCGCCGGUUUUCGAAAACGCCCCGUACACGGCCAGUGUGUUCGAAGAUGCGGCGGUCGGAACCACCGUUCUGGUGGUCUCGGCGACGGAUAAUGACGUGGGGUUGAACGCGCAAAUUACGUACAGUUUGGGGGAGGAUGGCGACCAUCCGGCGGAGUUCACCAUCAAUCCGCAAACAGGGGCGAUUAUUACGACGAGGACGCUUGAUAGGGAGACCACGAGCGGGUAUUUGCUGACCGUGACGGCCCGCGAUGGGGGGAAUCCCCCGUUAUCUGACACCACAGAUGUGGAAAUAUCGGUGACAGAUGUCAACGAUAACUAUCCGGUGUUCAAACAAGCGGCCUAUUCGGGGAGCGUUCUCGAGGAUGCCCUUGUGGGCACCUCCGUGGUGCAAGUCUCCGCAACGGACGCCGACGUGGGCCUCAACGGCAAAAUCUCCUACUCCCUCAGCGAGAAGGACAAGGAGGACGGCUCCUUCGUCAUCGACCCCACCAGCGGCGUGAUCCGCACCAACAAGGGCCUCGACCGCGAGUCCGUGGCCGUUUACGAGCUCGAGGCCUACGCCAUCGACCGGGGAUCCCCGACCUUGAGCAGCUCAGUCCCCGUGACAAUCCACAUCGACGACAUCAACGACUCGCCCCCGGCCUUCGAUUCGGACAAAAUCGUGCUCUACAUCGCCGAAAACAGCCCGAUCGGCUCCACAGUCGGGGAAAUCCACGCCAAGGACCCCGACGAAGGCGUCAACGCAAUCGUCCAGUACUCCAUCAUCGGGGGCGAAGACAGCCAGAGCUUCUCUCUGGUCACGAGACCCGGCUCCGAGAAGGCCGACUUGCUCACCAUGACCGAGCUGGACUACGAAAGUGCCAAGAAGAAGUUUGAUUUGAUCAUCCGGGCGGCGAGUCCGCCGCUGCGUAGCGACGCCCACGUCGAGAUUAUUGUGACCGAUGUUAAUGAUAACGCCCCGGUUUUACACGAUUUUUUGGUCAUGUUCAAUAAUUACCGGGAUUUUUUCCCGACCGGGCCGAUUGGCCGAAUCCCGGCGUUUGAUGCCGACGUGUCCGACAAACUGCAUUAUCGGAUCUUGUCGGGGAAUAACGCGAAUUUGGUCGCACUGAACGAAAGUACCGGCCAAAUACAAUUAUCACCACAGUUGAACACAAACGUAGCCAAAAUGGCAUCCAUGGAAGUUUCCGUAACAGACGGAGUGAACGAAGUUAAGGCAAUCAUGCAACUAUCAGUCCGACUCAUCACCGAAGAAAUGCUCUACAAUUCGAUAACAGUCCGCCUGAACCAAAUGACCAAAGAGGCGUUCCUCUCGCCCCUGCUUGGUUUCUUUAUGGACGGACUUGCAGCCAUAAUUCCGUGCCCUAAAGAAAACAUCUUCAUUUUCAGCAUUCAGGACGACACUGACGUUGACGCGAAAAUCCUCAACGUGAGUUUCUCCAUCCGGAGGCCGGACGUCCCCAAGGAGGUCUACUACUCUCCUCAAUUCCUCAAAGAAAGAGUCUACCUGAACCGCGGCAUCCUAGCCCGGCUCUCCACAGUGCAGAUUCUCCCCUUCGACGACAACCUCUGCGUGCGGGAGCCCUGCCUUAACUACGAAGAGUGUCUCACUGUUCUCAAAUUCGGGAACGCGUCCGAUUUCAUCAGCAGCGAUACGGUUCUGUUCCGGCCGAUCUACCCGGUUACCACGUUCACGUGCCAGUGUCCCAAGGGCUUCACGGGGUCCAAGGAGCACUACUUGUGCGACACCGAGGUGAAUUUGUGUUAUUCGUCGCCGUGUCAGCACAACGGGACUUGUAAGAUACGCGAGAGGGGGUAUACGUGUGUUUGUGCUCAUGGGUACACGGGAGCUAAUUGCGAGGUGGAGCUUUCGGACGAUCCCUGCAAUCCGAGUAUGUGCAAGUCGGGGAGCACGUGCAGUCCGAAGAAUGGGAAGUCGUUUAUUUGCGAGGAGUGCUCGCUGGAUGCCGGGAGCGAACAUUAUACGUCGCUGUGUGAGCUGAAGACGAGGAGUUUUACGAAGAGUUCGUUCCUGACCUUUCCCAGCUUGAAGCAGAGGCACAGGUUGCAUCUAAAGCUAAGAUUCGCCACACAAUCCCGCAACGGCUUGCUGCUCUACAACGGCCGUUACAACGAACUCCACGAUUUCAUUUCCUUGGAGAUCGUUAAUGACCAAAUUCAAUUCUCCUUUUCCCUCGGCAGCAACGUAACAAAAGCCGUUGCCUCAAUACCUGGCGGGAUUUCAGACGGCAAUUGGCAUUCAGUCACCGUCUCGUACUACAAUAAAACGGUCACUGUGUCAAUCGAUGAUUGCGACACAGCUUUAGCUUUAAAACACGGAAAAGAGCUAGGGGGCAAGUGGGCCUGUGCCGGCUUCGCCGAAUACCAUUUGGAGCCCCGCUGUGCCUCACUCACCGAAACCUGUCACAGGUUUUUAGACUUGACGGGACCCCUCCAACUAGGGGGGCUCCCCUCAUCGUCGAAUAAUUUCCAAACGAAAAAUCGCUACUUCGAGGGGUGUAUUUCAGAAUUACAGGUCGAUUACAAGUUUGUGGACUUGAAUAGUUUUGUAACCGACAAUGGGACCACACCUGGGUGCCCGGAAAAACGGCCUUUUUGCAACCCCAACCCGUGCAAGAACGGCGGUGUUUGUAAAGAAGGGUGGGCCAUGUUCCGGUGCUUGUGCCCCAGUGGCUAUGGGAGUAAAGACUGCAGCGAGUUGAUAAGCCAACCUUGGCAUUUUUCGGGCGAUGGUACCCUCUCAUUUAAUCCACUUUUGAGGCCCAUCCAACUACCAUGGCUCAACUCUUUGUCACUCAGGACGUUACAACAAGACACUUUUUUGAUGUCGAUUCAAGUUGGCCAAAAUAGCUCGGCUGUGAUUUCGUUACAAAACAGUUUUCUUCUUUACUCAUACAACGGAGAGUCUUUCUCAGUCCCGACCAAGGAACUGUCGAACGGUGAUUGGCACCAUAUUGAGAUCACGUGGCUAGGUACCGAGAUAAAAUUAUCAAUUGACUACGGAGAGCACGUGUCGGUGGUACCAUUCACCGAAAAGAUCCAAGGUUUAUACAUUGGGAAAAUUUUGAUAGGAGGUCCCGACAACUCCUACAGUAGCCUGAACGCCGGUUACAACUACUUGGAGGGUUGCAUCCAAGACGUGCGCAUUGGCAACCACCAAACAACCUUAAACCGGCCCACAGUGACCGAAAACGUGGAGGAAGGCUGUCCGGCACAAACCGACUGCCAAAACGACUGUCCUUCCUCCUCCAAAUGCGUGACCAAGUGGGGGAAGUCCUCCUGCGACUGCCACGACGGCCACGUCGGCCCUUUGUGCAUCCCCGUGUGCAACGUCAGUCCUUGUGAAUUUGGAAACUGCGUCGAAACUACUCUCGACCCCAAAGGCUACAAAUGCCACUGCAAUUCGACCGAAUUUUCGGGCGAGUACUGCGAGAAUAAAAUGGCACAGCCGUGCCCGUCCAGCUGGUGGGGGUACCCGGUCUGUGGGCCCUGCCACUGCGACGUGGAAGCCGGUUAUAACCCCGACUGUGAUAAGCAAACCGGGCAAUGCCACUGCCGCGAAAACCACUACCAACCCAAAGGCACCACCAAGUGCAUCCCGUGUGAUUGCUACCAUAUCGGGUCAUUCAACAGCCAGUGUGACCACGAGACCGGGCAGUGCAUGUGUCGGGACGGGGUUAUAGGCCAGAAAUGCGACUCCUGUCCCAAUGCGUACGCCGAAGUGACGCUGCAAGGGUGCGAAGUGGUGUACGACGGCUGUCCCCGGAAUUCUGCAAGCGGGAUUUGGUGGCCGAGGACAGCUUUCGGAGGGGAAGCGGUCGAGAGCUGUCCGAAGGGGACACACGGGAAGGCCUCCCGGAUUUGCGAUGAUGACUCCGGGGGGUGGCAAGAGCCGGAUUUGUUCAACUGUACCUCGGAUCGGUUUGUGGAUUUGAGACAGCAGUUGAGUAACAUCGAGAGGGGGGAUUUGCAGUUGAAUACUUUUGUUGCGAUUAAACUAGCCUCGGAUCUUUUCAAAGCGACUAAUGUCACGCCAGUGUUGUAUGGGGCCGAUGUUUUGGUCACGUUUGAUUUGGUGAAAGAACUAUUAGGGUAUGAAACGAGGAUGCAUGGACUCAACUUGACGCAUAGUCAAGAUAAGGACUACAUACAUAAUAUUGUACAUUCGGUUGGGGUGGUUUUAGAUGAGAAAUACCUAAACCAUUGGAUAAGAAUUAAACAACUGACCGGGGACGGGGCUGAAAAUCUUAUCGGAUUCAUCGAAAAUUAUAUCAACAUUCUUUCAAUUAGCCAACACGACACGUACACUAACCCAUUUGAAAUCGUUUCACCAAACAUGGUGCUGGGUUUGGACGUGGUGACGCCCGAGUCGCUCUACGGCUACGAACCCGACUCGAUCCCUUCCUUGCCAACGGACCCCAACUUCACCACCGAGCGUGUCAUCCUCCCCGACACCUCCCAGUUCCUCCAAGACACCGCGCAGAAGUCGUACGGUCCCCUUGUUGCUUUCCCCAAAUACAACAACUACCUCCUUGACAAAAGUAAAUUCGACCAAACCACCCGCAUCCUAAUCCCGCUCAAACUCCUCGGAAUCAAACCCGUGGAACACGGCGAGUUGAUCACAAAACACUCACUCCCGGAAGUUGGCGCUGUGGUCAGCUACGCGCAGUACAAACAAGCAAACUCGCUACUUCCCGAAAAAUACGACGAUUCGGUCGUCCGGAGAUGGGGAGUGGAUAUCACAAUCGGGUCGCCGUUGAUUUCAGUCGGGGUGCUAGUCCCGGAGUACGUCGAUGCAGUCACGAAGACCACAACUCCGAAAAAUAUUAUUUUUGAAGAAGUUAAAAUACCGGAAAUUGAUUUGAGUCAACAGGAUAUGUUCCCGAGGAAGGUUGUGGUCGAGCCGGAAGUGAAGGUACACGAAAAUGACCCGAUUUAUCUGAGGUCGACGCAGCCAAGGCGGAAAAGGGAGCAAAGUUUGACCCGGAAGUUGCUAUACAAGAGUUUGUCAGGCAUUGCCUUGAAAAUUCCAGUCAAGUUGCAGAUUUGGCUGGACUCGAAUAAAACGCUGUUUAAUGAACGGUCGAAUCCGCAGUGCGUCCACUGGUCGACUGUUCGAGGAUUUGGGGAGUGGUCACGUGUCGGGUGCCGGACGGAAGUCGUCGACGAUUGGUUUGAAACCUUCGACCAGAAACCACUAGUCGUAAACUGUACCUGCAACCAUCUGACCACUUUUGCGGUUCUAGUGGACGUUGUCGAUUUAGAAUACAUCCCCGAACCUUCACUACUCGAAGACAUUUCAAGUUACAGCUGUUUCGCUAUUUCUCUACCUCUCCUCCUCGCCGCCUACCUCAUUCUAGCUUUAAUCCGAGGCUUGCAAACGAAUUCCAACACAAUACGGAAAAACCUCGUACUCUGCGUAUUUCUCGCCGAAUUAUUGUAUUUCAUAGCGUUAAAGGCGCGCCGACCUAUGGUCAGCAGUGAUCUUCCAUGUAAACUGGUAGCUAUUGGUUUACACUACUUGUGGCUCGCCUCGUUCUUUUGGAUGCUGGUCGAUGCUUUACACUUGUACAGGAUGUUGACGGAAAUGCGUGACAUUAACCACGGCCCCAUGCGGUUCUACUACAGCAUGGGCUAUGUGGUGCCUGCGGUUGUUGUGAGUCUGGCUGUAGGGGUACGAGCCCACCAGUAUGGCAACUACUACUUUUGUUGGGUGUCGCUUUACGAAAGCGUAGUUUGGAGUCUCGUCGGCCCGAUCUGUCUCCUAGUUUUGAUCAAUUUACUGAUUCUGAUCAUGGCAAUAAGGGCCGCGUUCACGUUACAAGACCACGUCCUUGGGUUUGGCAACUUGAGGACGUUGCUUUGGGUCUCAGUGGUCGCUUUACCCCUCCUGGGGGCCACUUGGAUUCUUGCGCUGUUGGCAGCGUCCGAAAGACACCCACUUUUGACACCGUUUUUGUCCGCUGCUGUCUUGAUACAUGCGGCGUUUUCGCUCGCUGGUUAUUGUUUUGCAAAUAACCGCGUCCGCCAAAAUUUGAUCAGGUCUAUAAUGCGUUGUAUGGGGAAGAAAGUGCCGUUGCUUGAGACCACAUCAGUGGUGGGGGUUCCGAGUACGAGCAGUCAGAACAUAAGCGGCCAAUCGAGGUCCGCUUUGGCCUACCACUCAACCAUCGACCCAACUCGCCGCAACAUCGGCAUUUCCACCUCCAGCACAACUUCGCGUUCGACCACCAAAACCAGCUCCAGCCCCUACAGGAGCGACACCCAUUUGCGCCACACCAGUACCAGCACUUCGAACUACAACUCCACAAGUGACGUCCCGUCAUACAUGCGCGGCUUCGAGCAAGAGACGGGACUUCACCGCCACCGGGAACUACCGGAAGAGACCGAACGGCGCGAGCGCCGGGCCGACAGCGACUCCGACUCGGAUGGUUCCGAGGGGCGGAGCCUCGACCUAGCCUCGAGUCACUCCAGCGAUGACGACGAGUCCAGCACUCGGAGACACCGAACCCGGGGAGGUACCCGCCAGGGGUACCUUCCGAACAUAACCGAGCACGUGGUUUCACGCUGUGGGACUCCCCCGUCGCUCAAUGUGGUCACCAACUCGCAGUUGUUCCCCGCCGUUCAGCCAGGGUACGGCUCCAGGUGGUCCAGUCAGCUGCCCGAAGCCUACCUACCCAACCCGAAUGUUCCAGAGGUGGGGCGGUGGUCGGCUGAGACAGCCUCCGACAACGAGUUCUGCCACAAGACCAACUCGCCCAACCCCUUGCCCAACCCCGACGUCACCCCUGAAACAUGCCUGCCAACGUUACAGUCGGAGCAGUACAUGGUGCGCACCCACUACGACAAUCAUUACCCCAACAACUACAUAUCGAAAAUGAUGCAUCAUGAGAACAUGAAUUUCCAGGAUUAUGGCGAACGCGGGUCCGACAUCGACGAUAAGCACCACAUGAGCGACAAAUAUCUAUUUCCGUACACAGACGAUCCGAUGAAAGCGGAGGAGGACCACGUGACGAGUCACAACAACUUCAUGCAUCCCUCGAGCCGGAUAAUGUCGCCGGUGACCAAUGAUAUAAAUAAUCCAGGGAUGGAGUACCAUAUGGGUUCGCGCAUGGGUUCGGUGCUCGGAUCCAUGCAUGGGUCCGUUUGCGGUAGCGUUAGAGGUUCGCCUUCGCCUCUAAUGCCGCCCGUGUCCAUGAUCCAUUCGACCCAUCCGCCGGAACCACCCCACUGGUGUUGGGAAUAUGGUAUUAACAAAUAACUGGCUUGGGAAAGACGAUAAAAACGAGGAAACUUCAGUCUGACGGGGUUCAUUUCGUGUACAAAUAAGUUAUUUAUUGUUGUUUUUUGACUUGUUUUUUGUAUAUGUUUCCGAUAAAAGACUGUGUAUGUAUAAUUGUAACAAUCUUUGACAUUCCGAAUUUAUUUAGUAAGGGAGCUUUACACAACGUACUUAAAACCAAUCUUAGGUAAUAAUUGUAAUUGCCAUCAUAUAUUACAAAACAUUAUUUAAUUGUAGUUAUUAGGUAGAUUUAGCAGAUUCAUUAGCCAUCAGAGGAGAAGACUAAGGUAUUUUUUACGCCAUAAAUUUUAUUUGCGUCGAAACAAAAUUGAAAGUAUUUUUGUGUAAAUUUAAACAAACCUGUGCCUAAAAAGCUUUUUUAUAUGAGACUUUUUUUUGUAUAAAUGGUCGUAACACUAAGAUAUUUUGUAAGAUCUCAGUAUUUAUUUAGCUUAGGAGUUUUGUAUGACACUACUCAGACGUACUAGAUGUGUUUAUUUCGAUACUUUGACUGUGCAAUUUCUACAUUCCAUUUUUUAUACACUUUUGGACUCAGAUAUAUUGUGAUUUUUUAUUUUAUUAAAUUAUCUCAAAGAAA